CUGGGGGCACAGCCGAGUCGUCUCUCGUCCGACCUCCAUCUCCCCGACGCCAUCCGCCUCUCCUCUCCUCCUCCGCCCCACCGCCACCAGGGCGACCGAUCUCCCCAUGCCGCCCCGGUAGCCUCCGCCUCUCCCCCGACCCCCUCCGGCGGACCAGCGCCGCCCGGCCACGCUCUCCGUGACCUCUCUCUUUCCCCACCCACGCCCGGCGGGCCCUCCCUCGGCGGAAACCCUAGAACCACGAGAUCCGUCGCCGCCGCCCUGUCCCCGGCUCGCCCUCGUUGACCGCCGCCAGCGGGACGUCCCCGUCCUCAAACCCUACCCCCUCCUCCCCGAUCGAAGGUCAAAGGAGGACACCGCCGCCGCCUCCAUCCGCCCCGUCGCCCCCUCCGCGACUUGAAUCAGGUUGCAGAUGAAUCAGACUGAUAUCUCUGGUUUGGAAUUCACUGGCUUGCAUGAUACUCAUGUUGGUGAAGAAACAUAUGCAACUGAAUUUCCUGAAAUGAAUCAGGAUCUAUCCCACAAAACCGAAUUUGAUGUGGUUAUGGCAACUACAGCCAUGCACAGUGGUUCUGGCAAUUCCUAUGCUUGCUUAGAUGGAUAUGAAGAUACAAGGAUGAUGUCAGGAAUUCAGGCCGUGAAGGAAGUUAGACAUGGCAGUACGCAGCACCUUGAGGGAACAUAUUCUGAUUCCGAUGAAGAAAACUUGUCAUCUAGUCCUGAAACUUCAUCCACCACUAAUUACGGUUACAUGGAACCAAAUUUGGAAAAUAUGUACAAUGCUUUGGGUGAAAUGGUUGAUAAAGAAGGGACGGUUGUGCUUAAACCUGACUUUGUGAUGUGCGACACGGCCCUGCAUUUUCAGCCUCACGUAAUUUUUUCACCAGAUGGGUUCAAAAUUGAACAUUCGGAUUGUGAUCCAUAUGAAGAUGAUAAAACGAUAGCUCUAUGUUGGGAUGUUUGUGACAUCAUUUCCAUUAAUAGUCAAUGGACUCAGAGUGUUAUAUCUGCCUCUGUAACACUUCUUAUUAGACCCAGUGCAGAGACCGAAAGUUCAGAUCCUAUUAGAGUGGAGUUUAUUCUUACAGAUCCACAGUGGCCACGAAAACAAGAGAAGAUCUGUCAUAUGGCAUCAAGAUAUCGUGACAUCUGGAACAACACUCCAUCAGAGGAUUUUGCGUUGGAGAACCGGAGCACUGACCCAAGUUUAUUUUUCCCGAAACAGUACUUUUCUGGCAUUGACGACUUUGAAGAUGUUAUCUAUCCUAAAGGAGAUCCGGAUGCUGUUUCUAUUAGCAGCAGAGAUGUUGAUUUGCUUCUACCUGAAACAUUUGUCAACGACACAAUAAUUGACUUUUAUAUCAAAUACUUAAGCACAAGAAUGAAGACCACCGAGAAGAGCAAGUACCAUUUCUUUAAUAGCUUCUUUUUUCGCAAGCUGGCAGAUCUUGACAAAGAUCAAGGGAGAGCUCCAGAGGGUAGAUCAGCUUUUUUACGUGUCCGCAAGUGGACCCGAAAAAUAAACAUAUUUGCGAAGGAUUUUCUAUUUAUUCCAGUGAACUUCAGCUUGCAUUGGAGCUUGAUUGUUAUUUGUUAUCCUGGAGAAGUGGAAACAUCUGACGAUGGUGAAGCAAAAAAGCAUGGUAAAGUUCCAUGUAUAUUACAUAUGGAUUCUCUUAAAGGAAAUCACAGUGGACUGAAAGACAUUAUUCAAAGUUAUCUAUGGGAAGAGUGGAAGGAAAGGCACCCUGAAUCAGCAUUAGAUAUUUCAGACAAAUUCUUAAAUCUGAGAUUCGUCUCCCUUGAGCUCCCUCAGCAAGAUAACUCAUUUGACUGUGGCCUGUUCCUUCUCCAUUAUGUGGAACGCUUUCUGAUGGAUUAUCCCAGUAGCUUCAACCCUAUGAAGAUAUCAGUAUCCUCAACCUUUCUCAGUGAUGGUUGGUUUGAACCCGCUGAAGCUUCUCUGAAGCGUUCAUUGAUCCGGAAGUUAAUCCAGGAGCUAGUGACAGUACCUUCUCAAACUUUUCCAGAACUAACCUGUGGUAGCGAGCAGUUUGAUGAAAGUUAUCUAGGAAGAGAAAAUGCUGAGCCUGAAGCAGCUAGAGAGUUCCUUGCUCAGGGGUGCUCUGCUGGUGAAUCUGACUCACUUUGCCAAAUUGCUGGAACACAGCAACAAUCCACAUCCAUCUGCUUUAAUGAUUCUGGAAAUGUUCUACCUGUUCCUGGAUGCAUUUUAGAGACUGAAGGGGUUACAACAUUUGCUGUACAGGACACACAGGUUUGUCCACCCGACAAUGAUUUUGCCAUCUGCAUGCCAAGCCAGGCUGUUGAAAAUGAGCCACUUCCUGCGGAUUAUGAUAAUAAACCUGACCUGAGAUCAUGCGCCCCAGAAGAUGCUGAAGCGUUGAAGGAUGAUGGUUCUGUGGUAAAAGGUCAGGACAAUUUUGUGGAAUCCAUGCUGGAUUGUUCGCACAAUAACCGGACAAUUUCUAGCUACACAGAAGUUACGAUGCAUGAUAUUAUGGAUUCCAAGUGUGGCUCAUUCUCUGAUAACUCUGAGGCAAUGGCCUACAAAGAACAUAGCUUAGAAACAAACAUAAAUGAAGUUCUGGAUGAUUGCUGUGAUGAAGAUAUGCAUCCUGUCAUGAUGUCUGAUGCCAGGGAAGUUGACAUUGCAUCUGAUCCAGCAAGCACCAAAGACGAAGCUGACAAUGGCAGAUGUGAUUUCCCUGAUGCCAUGGGAUCUGUAGUGGCUGGUGAUGUAGAAGGGAAUACUUGUGAGCAUUCUUCAGAAAGAAACAUUGUUGAAGAUGAGGAGGCCAAGGGUGAUGUUUUUGAGGACACGUCUCCACUCAUGGUAUGCGAUUUGAACAAUGAUGUUGCUGAGCAGUCUUUACCCGUGGUAUGUGAUUUGAAUAAUGAUGUUGCUGAGCAUUCUCCCGCAAUAAUUGCUGUCGAAUCUGAGGACGCGAAACAUGAAGAUACUUCUGUGGAUCUCAAUGUGGAAGAUGAUAUCGAAGUGGAUCUCAAGGUAGAAGAUGAUAUCGAAGUUGGCACGGAGGAAACUUGCGCAGUUGCUGAUAAGAUCAGUGAUGGUGAGCAGCAUAUUUCACCCGAGUCCAAAGAGGGAAACAUUGACAGCUGUGCUAUCAGCGACAGCGCUGUUCCGCAUGAGCUGAAAGAGGGAGAGACUAGCACCAUCGUGGCAGGUGACAGUACAAAUGGGAGUGAUGAAGCUCAUGUGGACAGUGUGGAUGCACACGGUAACGUAGGACCAGGAGCUGGCGAGACAGUUCCUUGUGAAGUUGACACUAACCAUUCUGAUGCUGAGAUGCCUGACGUUGAUAGCGCCUUGUGCGUGAAGAAUGAAACAGUUUGCGAGGACGAACCGAAUGAAGCAGUUUGCGAGGAGACACCCUGUGAUGCUAAAAGGCCUCUUGCUGAUAGCAUCUCUGAAGAUCAGAAGAUGGGAGUUUGCGAGGACAAACCGAAUGAAGCAAUUUUUGAGGACAAACCCUGCCAUGCUAAAAGGCCUCUUCUUGCCAGCACCUCUGAAGGUCAGAAGAUGGAAGUUUCCGAGGACAGGUGCUCGGAGAAGGAUGUCGAGUCUACCGCAGAGAAGACAGAGCAGCGCAAGAAGCGUCGCAAGGUCCCCCCGGCCGCCCCCCCGCAGACGCCUGCAACAGAUAAGCGACAAACGAGGAGCUCCUCAAUGCCACGGCUUCUGGGUUAGAAUCGGGUUUUCCUUCGGCAGUGUUGACGAUUACUUGUCUGUAAUAGGUGACUUCUCUAGGGUUCCUAGAACCUCUCUCCCUCUUGAUCUGUAUGAUAGUUAGCUGCCUGCCUGACUGAACCUGCUACCUUUUGGCCUAUGCCUGAAUUUAGCUGUGAAGUGCCGUGCAACGUUCUAGUAUUGUUAUUAUUAUA